AUGGAUAUUCAAGAUGUGAAUGUCCCAGAGCGAGUGCGCAAGCGUCGCCGUCGCACAAUGGCGUGCACGCAAUGUCGCACUCGCAAAUUACGCUGCGAUCGCGAGUAUCCCACCUGUAGCCGGUGCUUGAAGAGCAGGACUCCGAACAAGUGCACGUACGAAGAUGGCUUCCUCUGGCAGCAGCCGACCACCGUGGGAACGACCUCAUUUGCUUCCGACCGAGGGCCCACCACAAUGCCCCGAGCUGACCACACCCCUCUCGAUACUCCAGACUCGGGGAUAGCGACGGAGUCGGCUCGGACGGAGCCACCACAGGCCAAUGACCCUGGCGCUGGCGCUGACGCUGUAUCGUACCACUUGCAGCAGAAUCAUCAUCAUCCGGAUCAUCCACACCACCAUGAUCAUCCGUCGCAUGUUUUGGCGCCUCAUUUGAGAGGAAAACCGCAUGGCAAGGAUCGCAAGGAGCGUGGCUUUUUGGAAACCGUUCUUGGUGCGCCUAAAGCUGCUGUAAAUCAGGAGCCGUAUGUCAAUACGGGUUUGUUGCAGCGUCCGAAGCGAUCCGCUCCUGAGCCUGAUAUGCAGUCGUCGCGGGUCGAUGAUGAUCACAUUUAUGAGGAAGAAGACGCGUUGACCCCAUCGCAUCAACUUGAUUUUUCUCCUCGGAUCAUGAUGAGAGGUCGCGAAACGAGGACUCGCUUUAGCGGGUCGGGCAUCUUUGCCAAUCUUGUUGCGCAGUUCCCGGAUAUCAGAGCCUUUGCAGAGGAGAUCAAGCUAUCUAAUCCAAUUCUCUCCCAACUUCGACCAGACUUGGAGAGAGUCAAGCGAGGGUUAUGGAAGCGCGUGCCACUGAACACGGGAUUCCCGGACCCCACUACAGAGUCACUGAUCGGCAUGCUGCCCUCGCGCGGUGUGGUAGAUGAGCUAAUUGGUUUGUAUCUUACUUAUAUCGAGUCUACCCACCGCGUUCUUCACGUCCCAUCCUUCUUACGAGAGUUGGACGGGUUCUGGGCGUUGCUAGACACCCCGGGCGCCCCUUCCCCUGCGUUCGCAGUCCAGCUUCUGCUGGUUCUUGCCUGCGCAUGGAACCUUGCAGACUCCAGUAGUCUGCAAUCAAAGAACGUGGCUGAACUCAAAUGCUACACCGCUAUCAAUUGGGUUCUACAUGCCGAAAAAUGGAUUGAGAACCUUCACAUCAAGCGCCCAGAUAUCAUCUCGAUGCGCCUGACCAUCUUGCUGAUAUUGGCACAAAACAUCCACGGAAUGAAGCGCAGUCAAUCCUGGCUUGCCGUUGGCACUUUGGUGAAACAAGCAAUGAUGGCAGGAUAUCAUCGCGACCCAAGUCGAUAUACAAGAAUCUCAGUCUUUAACAAAGAGAUGAGACGUCGAAUCUGGACUACAAUUGUAGAACUUGAUCUGCAAAUUGCUCUUGAUCGUGGUAUGCCACCUACGGUACAGAGCUUUGAUUACGAUGCGUCUCCAGGCUUGAAUAUCCAUGAUGAUGAGCUCCAGGAAAGCACGACCAAGGCGCCAGAGAGCCGUCCGCUGGGCGAGCCCACUGACAUGUCGUUCCAAUCUAUUCUGAGUCGAUCACUUUCUCUUCGCCUACAAGCCUGCUACCUUAUGCACUCUCCGCGGAUCAGCUGUCGAUAUGAGGACAUCCAGCGCCUAGACUGGGAACUCAAUCGACAUCUUUCACGUAUUCCCACAUGGAGUUCAACCGAACCGAACGAUCUCGUUACUCAGCACAAAGUUACUCUGUGGAAGGCUUUGAUUGAGACCAAGCUAUCCCAGGCACUACUGUCAGUGCACACACCUUUCGCCAUUGAGGCCAACCGGGAAGCGCUUUUUGCGCCUUCGGCACGGUCUCGUAUGGAUGCUGCGACCAGGAUCUUGGUAACACAGCGGCGUCUGCACGAGACAUCACGACCGCUUUCGCUAUGCAUGUUUGGUGAAUGGACCCUCCACGCCUAUAUUUCUGUCUGCCAACUGUUGCAUUCGACAGAGUCUGACAACAGUGCUCCCUUCUCUCCCACAUCCUCAACAUCUCUCCUUCAAUCCCUCCCCGGCCUUCCCGAAUCACUUCUUACCCUAGUCGAAACUGCCCUAGUCUCGCUCGAGGCACGAUCCUUGUUAGUGACAAAGGGGGCCAAGGACUACUUCUUCUUUUCGACAAUCGUCGCGCUCGUCAAAGCCCGACUGUGGCCCGCUCAGGCAAUCAUGUAUAAACAGCAAGUAGUAGAACGUAUCCUCUCAUUCACGCAGACUUUAUUCACCCGACACGCGGGUUGCGAACACUUAGGAGCACCUGGAAUGGGCAAUUUCAAGACCAACCAGGUGGCCGCAUUCACUGCCACCCCAGGCAUGGUACCCGUCAUGCCAACAGACUUUGAGGGAAUGCUCCCUCCACCCCAUCUGGGUGUGACGCCACCCGGAGAUUUUGAUCCUUUCUUGGAUGUGUUUGAUUGGGAGGAUCUCACAGGCAUGAUGCUCCCCUGUUGA